AUGCAUAUAGCUUCAUAGAAAUUGAAUGAAACUCUGGUUCAGAAGGUAACAGACAUGGUAAAGAACUAUGAAUUCAGUAAUAGAUUUUAAAAAGACUUCGAGGGAUUCAGUCGAGAUCAUGAGAAAGAUUCAUAAGGAGAUGAUUGGGAAACCAAAGUUAAUAAGAUGACAGAUUCUGAUUUCUUUGUUGAAGGACUUUUGUAUAGGAAGAAAUAAAGAGAGGCCUAGCUAUAAUUGGAUAUGGCUAAGAGAGAAUAUAACGAGAAGCAUAAAAAUGAGUUAAAAAAGCAGCUCAUAGCUUAGAAAAUAGCGAUUGAAAGGAAGGAUUUCGAUCAUUAUAAUGAUCUUGGAGUAAUGAAUCAAACUAAUUCCGUAGAGACCUCAGUUUAAUUAGAGUAAAAUGAGUAUCUCGACUAGUAUAUUGAUGAUAGAACUUAUCAAGAGAAGUUAGAGUCUCAAGAUUUAAUCAAGAAAGAAAAUUAUGAAUUCAGCUAUAGUGAGUACAAUGACUUUUGGGAAGACUUUGAGGAGGAUCCUAAAUAAAAAAUCCCAGUAAGAAAAGAAGUUGUGAAUGUAAAAAUACAAGAGAAUGAAUUAGAUCUUGAAAAUGGUAAAGUAUAGGAAAAAUAAGCUGAAGAAUAACCCCCUGUGGAAACUACUUUUGUUGAGCUUGAGAAAUAUCCGGCUAAGUUUGAUGAAUUGGAUUAGAAAUUUGAUAGGUUCAGAAGAGACACUUACAAAACGAAUCUUGUUGAUAUAGAACAGCAUUAUAUCAAGAGAAUAAAAAAUCUUAAGAAAGCUGUUAGGAUGCAAUUAAGAUAUGGGAGAUAGUAGGCUAGAGAUAAAGCAAAAAAAAUCUUAACUGAAUCAGUAAUUAAUCUGACAUAACUUUUUAAAAACGAGUUAAAUGCUGUAAUUGAAAGUUUUUCAGGUUUCAGAAGCGAGCUGAGAACUUAAGAUAAAUAAAUUAAUGAGCUUAAAAAUGUGAUUAAGGAAUAAGAAUUCAUAUUGGUGCAAAUGAAUAAUUAUAUUGCUCAUGCAGGGCUUACAAUUGGAUUUGAUUAAGAAAUGCUUAAAAGAAUGAGAAUUGAUAGGAAGGCUAAUGCAAGGAAAGGAAAUACCAAACCUAAUGAGAUACUUUAAUAAUAGAUUGGUACCCUACCUGAGUUCAAUUUCUACUCGUUUUAUGUCAAUAUGACCUUAACUGAGGAUAGAAACCAAUUAAUUCAUUAAGAGAUGAUUGAUAUUAUGGAGGAGAAGAUAAUAGAUCUUGAGACAAGGUUAUCAAUGAAAGAACAUGAAUUAUUCUCAUUUAAAGGGAUGCAAGAAGUAUAUGAUUUAAGAGAUGAUCAUUUGAGAUAAAAAGUGGCAGAGCUAGAAGGAGAGAUUGAUGAAAAAAAUAGAAUUAUUACUGAAAAUUAAAGAAGGUUAGAAGAGGAACUCCUUUUACAACUGAACACUGAAAUAUAAUUAAAAUUAAAAACUUAGAAGUAGCUUUAAGAUUGUUUAGAUAUGACAAAACAAGAAAUGGAAGUAAAUGAAUAAAUCAAGGAUAAGUAACAGAAAGUCAUCAUUUAGCUCAAAUAAGAAAUGAAGGAUCUUAAGACGAUUCUUAAGAUACCUAGGCUUAGGAAUAUGCAUAUAAAUAAGAUGAAUUUCGAGGAACUCCAAAAACUUAAGAGCUAAGAGUAAUUCUACUAUGAAAAUCUAAGCUAAAGUGAUGCUGGUCUAACUGAUGACUUGAAUAGAUUUCAUGCUUAUCUAACAUCUGCUCCUGCUCAUUUACCUUAACAAAGAGGACUUUCAUCUGACAGAAAGUAUGAUGAUCCAACUCUUAGCAGCGAUAUUAGAAAGAGAGCUUAAGGCAUCUUUAGUGAAAGUAACAGUAGCAAAGGAUUCGAAACUGAAAGAGGCUCUGCUAAACCAAGAUUCCCUAGUAUCUUAGGGAAUAAGGAUUCCAUUGUUCAAAAAUUGCUGUCAUAGAUUGACAAGGGUGUUACCCAGAUCAACAUUAAAGAAAUGCAGAAAUCUAUGACCAGAAAUAAUCGUAUUAAAGAGUCUAUGAGUUAUUCUCAGCUGCCUUCUGUGCAGUUUAAUUUCGAUUCUCUUUUAACAACUCAUGAUGUUUCUAAAAACAUUAUCCACUGA